UGUUGUGUUGUAAACAAAUAAUAGCAAAUGUUUAAACAAGUUUUGUUUAAAUGAGUGCAACAACAAUUUUGUGAAAAGUGUCGCAUAAUGGAUAAUAAAAAGGAUAUUUACAAUCUAUGGGUGCAGUAUACGACUAAGAAUGAUGAAUCUUAUUUUCGUCAAUUUAUUGAACGUUUUGUAAGCAUUUGGAAGAGUCAAUUACCGGUGGAUUUUGACCGUGACGAUCUACCGCUGUGGCAUGAGGUGCGCCCGGAUAGUGGUCCACAUCUGGGACGUCUGCCGGAUGAGUUGCUGCCGGCAAUAGGAAAAUUCAUCAUAAUUGCUCGCGAUACCAGUGAAAAUGGCACACUUGACGAUGAGCAGAUACGUCAGAUUGCUGUUCUGGUAGAUUGCUUAGUGAUAAUUUGUCGACACUUUGAUAAUAUUUUGGCAAUUAUUAAAUAUGAAUAUAAAUCGAAUUUAAUUGCUAUUUUGGCCAAUACAUUCAAAGAGUGCAUGACUCGGCAGCAAGUAUCUAUGGAAGUAGUGCACCUAUUUCGCAGUUUCUCGCAAUUUCUUGAAGUUAUGUAUGACCCUUAUUUGACUUGGCGUAGCUUUUUACGCGGCGCCUAUGCAGAUUUUCACAAAAUACCUUAUAAACCACAUACUGUGCAUGUGGAAAUUGUGCCGUUUAUCUAUGAUUGCUUCCAGAGGGAAGAGCUUACCAAAUUUCCUGCGAUUGGGGAAUGUCUGGUGAAUGCUUUAGGUGCUGUUAUAUGUGGAUCUCAGAAAUCGCUAACAUCUCUGACAACUAAAAGUACAGCAAAUUGUGGUGAAGGGCAAGAAAUCUGUGAUAAUUUGCGUAAUGGCAUGCGCGCCAUUUGUCCCGCAACCGUUUCAGUCAUUAUGAAGAUUAUUGCACAGUGGGAAAGCGCCAGUGAGCUGCGCGCCGUUGCGCUGAAGUGCUGUGCUCUUAUGAUUGUUGUAUUACAAAAGUCUAGUCCGGAAGAACGCCAAAUAGAUUUAGUUACGCUAAUUCAGCUUUACUGUGAUGCCCUGCAAACCCUUUUGACCACUGAUCACUUUCUCAGCGGCAAUAGCGUAGCGUUUGAAAUCGCUAGUGAUGACGAGGCCAGCGAUGUGAUUGUGGACGUGAAUGCGUUGGCGGCGACCGUCGAGAAUGUUUGCCUCUUCCUUGUGGAUGUGGUGAAGGCGCAUGUUAUCUGUGAAGCUAUUAGCGAGACGGCGCUGGUAGAUACGCUUAUAAGCAUUCCAAAGCAAAUAAAUGGCUGGAAUAUGAACUAUGCGCCAGUGCUGUGCGCCACCACCAAAGCGUUAGCGGUAAUUACACGCAAUUCGCCCAGCAUUGCCGAACAUUUGCGUGUGUACGAUAAAAUAGAGAAAUUUUUCAAGAGCUUAAAAGCCUUAGCCGUACCUAACGAUACACUCUUGGACGCAUGCUUCAAUAUGGCCUAUAAUGAGCAGAACCAUUUGCUCGUACUGCCAGAAGUUGUCAUCAAACUGAUUGAGUGGCUGCCGGAGAUAAACGAGCGCGAACAAAUUUACUUAAGCAAUAUAAUACUGCGCGGCUGCACCACCAAUUAUGCAACUAAAUCCGUUGCCUGCGACAAUCGCACCAUUAAGGCGAUUUGUGAGUGUUUGCAUCAGUAUGAGAAACUCGCUGAAAGUUGCAUACAAAAUUUCAUCAAACUCAUUGAAGAGCUAAGUAAAAUAAGCAUCAUACCGAUUGAGCUGAAACGUAUAUUCAGUUUAUUGCGUGAGGAGAGCGGUUUUCCACAAUCCAAACAACUGCUACAAACAUUAAUUGUCUGCUCAUUGCAAAGUCUCAAUAAUAGCAAUGUUUGCACGCAGUUUUUUACAAUCAGCGCGUCGCAUGAAGGCAUUGCGGUGCCUGAUAUCAAAAAUUGGUCCAUGUCGGGGUCAUAUGGUUUCAUUUUUCACAUGCUCGUAAGGCUGCAAGAAAAUGUGGAUGUGAGCCGGAGGAAGGCUGGCAAAGGUGGUGAUGGUGAAGGCUCAAAGGAUACGGAUCGGCCGAAUUGCCGACGCAUGUUGCUCAAUUUGCGCACAGCGAGUCACACCGGCUUUGAAGUUUUCAUACAGAAUAGCGGCAAUUUGGUUGUGGCAGCAUUGACGCGUCGCGAAUAUCUCACAUCGGUGGUGCAUACGAAAACGUUGUUGGACGGACAAUGGCAUUAUGUUACCGUCGCUAUUACGCCGCCCAAGCGUCCAUUUUCUUAUAGUCAAAUCAAUGUUUACAUUGACUUCAUGCAGAAAUUGAGUGCGACGCUCAAAGUGCAAGCGAUUAAUGAGCCCUUCAAUUUCUGCUCAAUCGGUUCGGCAGCGUUGCCUUUACGUGGCCAUCAAGUUGAACAACACGCAGUCAGUGCCACUGGCUCGCCCUUACCGCGUUCCUCAUCCCAGGAGUCGGGCAGCUCUUAUAAGGGUGUGCUGCCUAGCCUGCUCGAGCGCACACUGUCAACCAACGUCUCAAAUUACUUUACGCUUCCGCUGCGCACACAAAGCUCAUUCGAUCCGAAUGUGAAAAAUUUUCCCAUCGGCAUGCAAGACACUGUGUUCGGCGAGCAAACUUGUCUGCGUGGUCAAGUGGGCGCUGUACUCUUGGCAGAGCCCACCACAAAUAUCAAAACCAUAUUCGAUGCGGGCAUACAUUUCCCUUCGAUAUUCUCGCAAGACAAUGAUUUGCUCGAGCUAACAUCGCGUUUUGUAUUCUGUUAUGCACCCGGUGGUUAUUGGAGCGAAAGCUGUCAAGAUCUCAUACCGGGCGGUCGUUUCCCAUCACAAGUCCAUGCCCAUCAUUGCGCCAUAGUAAAAAUACAAGAUACAAUAAAUAGUAUCGGCGGCGUACAGGCGAUAUUGCCGAUACUACAUCGCCUCACCAAGCAGCAAGAUGACUUUUCGCUAUCCAGCGCUGAGGGCAAUGAUUCGCUGGGCAGCGGCGAACAGUUACGCACACCAACCGCAGAAGAAUUCUCCGAUUGGGAAAUGCUCUCCUCCAAUUCCUACACAGAGUGGAAGAUGAUACAAUUCCCCGUCGCCAGUUUCAUUUGCUUUCUGCGCUACCUCACACACGGCCAUGAAAACAACCAGGAGAAUAUGCUGAAUAGCGAGUGCUUGCAAAUGAUUGGCGCUAUGCUGCAAAAGUGCUCGCCCAGCAUAUUCGAUGUGAACGCGUUGAUGGCAACGCAUCUUUUCAUCGAAUCUCUGCAAGGUCAGAAGUCGGAGAGUGGCAAUGCGCAGGGCAACUCGGCGCUGCUGGACGUAUUAUACACCGAUAUCGCAUUCAAUUUUCACAUUUGGGCGCGCAUGAACUUCCAAAUCACGCUCGGUCAUGUGCAGUACCUCAGCGCUAUGAUUAAGAACGAUCGCAAGUACUAUCGCAAGAAGUUCGGCAUACAAUUCUUUUUGGAUGUUGUGCGUGAUCACUAUAGCGCGCCGGACAGCAUUACGCCGGAGGAUGCGAAGACGUUACGCGCCACGCUUUACGCUAUUGUGCGGUUUUACCUGCAGAAGGAUGUGAAUAUCAAAGAGAUUUCCACUAUGAUUGCGUUCUUGGCGUCGGUGCGGCAGGAAAAUGUGCUCAUCGAAUUUCUGGAGAUGUUGACAUUCCAUAUCAAGGGCAAGAACUGCAAAGAUCAAAUGAUUCUGCUAUUGCACGAACCCCAAACGGCUAAUUUGCUGUACAAUUACUUUGUGGAUAAGAGUUAUAGCACCGAAGUGCAAGAGGCCGCUAUAAGGUUCAUUAAUUGCCUGCUGAGCACUUCGCGCGUAAAUCAGAAGUAUAAACAAAUACUACGAUUGCACGACAACGCCAGCGAUAGCUCUCUCUUUCCCGGCUUCUUCUCCUACACCAUACCAAUGACCCUCAGCUCCACCAUACUCUUUCACUUAGUCGACGAAAUGUUGGGCUCAGAAGCCGACUACGCAGGCAUUAUUUUCCUUGUACAUCACAUCAGCACCUGUGAGCUUCCCAUUAAGCUGGAGAUCGCCAAGCGUCUGUUGCAAACCACAUUUGUCAAGAACAAUUCACCGCAGGCCAUAGCCAAGCAAUCGGGUUGGCAGGAAUCCAUUGCGCGUCUGCUAAUACAUAAACCGAUUACGAAUGUCAAACCCGAUGAGGAGAAGCGUAAGAGCUUUGGCAUUAGUUUGGAUGUGCUUUUGGAAGAUAAUAAUGACUUCGCGAAUCAAUCGGACUUGAUUAGUUUCUGCGAACAGCAAGUGGAAUUAGAUCAAUUGGCCAAGGAGCAUGAUGAUGAGCAUAGUGAUGGCGGUCUCAUAUUGAAUGAGAUACAAGCGAGUGUUACGGAGGCUGCCAACGUCAUCGAGAGUGAAAUUAAAGAACUGGCCGAAUCUGUUUCUGGUGCUGUCGUCGAAAAUGUUUCAUCUGUUUUCUCAGUUAUACGCCAAACUACACACGAUAUUCAAGACACCUUCGAGCCAUUGACGCUGGGUGGUUCCACUGAGGCCGAGUCGACGAGCCUUUCGCGUCAACGCACGGAAUCCAUAAGCUCAGAUAGCUCAACGACGCAAUCACCAAAGCGAGUUGUCAAAAAAGCCGAUUCGGAGAGCAAAACCACGGGCUUUGAAUUUUCACCAGAUGCCGAUGUGGACAGCGAAGAGCAGCUUGUGUACCUAGUUUCGAAUAUAUUAUUCACCGUUUUUUGGCGUGGCGUCAGCAAUGAUCAUCCACAAUGUUGGAAGGAGCGUGGACAAGUGCUCGGCUGCAUAAAUUUGCUGGCGCUCAAUAACGAUUUGGUGACAUCGCAUCUCUCUUUGCGCCUGCGCAUACUAGAAAUGGCUGUGCAGGCGUCGCUUUUCGAUCUGUCCGAAAAUGGCAAUCAGACGCUAAUAAACCAAGAGAAUGCCUCACAAAUUCUACGCAUGGUGUAUGACCUUGUCGUGCUCGGUUCGAACGAGGAUGAAUCGAAGAAAUGUUCAACAAAGCUUUUGGACGGUGUUUUAGCACUCCUGGACGCUUUGAUGAUAUUCCAACAGGGCUCUAACGACGAUUGGUCGGAUAUGAUACGUUUGUGCUUGGGUUUGCUGUUAAAAUGCUCAUAUCACCCCAAUCCGGGUGUGGUGGCUAUGGCCACAGCGAAGUUGCACGCCAUACUGCAGAGUCGCAACACAGAAGAUCCCAGUGAAUUGGCGUACUUAUUGUUCAGCAUUAAUCGCGCUUUGGAUAAUGCUAUUGAAGUUGGCAAUCCCGAAGAAUAUUCGUUUUUGAUGCCAGUUAUGAAAGCUUUACUUGAAAAAUGCCGGAAGGUUUUCAAUUUGGAUACAAACCUACCUGAUUUACCGCCUACCUCAUCGGGCCCAGUGUUCUUCAAUGAUUUCCAAAUGUAUAGCACAAGCAAAAAGUGGCGCAAUUUUAUCGAACGCAUCGUCAAACCUUUGCAUGAUGUGUAUCAACGUGAAAUCGAAUUGAACCUUUGGGAGCCAAUCAAUCGUUAUUGGGCUGAAUGUUACGAGGCCUGUAAAGCAGCCUCGAAGAAACGCGGCACUUAUCAAGCAGAAAACCGACGAAUUUUCAAUCAAAAAAUCGUAAUGCCUUGGAAGGUGCGACAAGUCGAGGAGAUGACACGUCUGAAUGCCGCUACGCUCGCGCAAAAGACCACAAAUAGUCACAUCAAGAAGCGCUGGAAGAUGGCCAAACGUUUUUUGUACGGACCGCGUGGCCCAUGGUUUACGGGUAAUUCUCCAGAAGAGUUUUGGAUGCUCUCCAAUCAUGAGAAUGUCGCGCGCAUGCGUCUCAAACUCGAGCCGCAAUUGUAUCCGAACAAGCACGAGAAUGCGGCGAAUUUACGUGAUAAUGCCACAAAUGCCUAUGAUCCAAGAGAAAUCUCGGAAUUCGACUCGACAAUUAAGAGUGCCGUUGUACGUGACUUCUUAGCAGACGAUGAGAAUCUACAGCUCGAAGAGGAGCUGCGUCAAUCGAUUGAAGCGCAAUCGCAGCAAGAUGUACCACUGGAAAAAUCAGUCAUUUCACAAGACUGCGAACUGAUUACGCUGAUGACGAAGGUGAAAGGUAAAAUCGAGGUGAAUCAAACGCUAUUCACCUUCAUCGAUUUGAGUCCGCCGUCGGAAGAUGGCUCCAAACACGAUUUUCGCUUUCCAAUCAGCAAAAUACGUGAGGUACAUUUGCGCAAAUUCAAUUUACGGCGCAGCGCUUUGGAAAUAUUUUUAAUCGAUCAAACUAGUUAUUUUCUCAAUUUUACAACAAAGACACGCAAUAAGGUUUUUACGAAAAUUUUGAGCCUCCAACCGCCAAACAUUUUAUACGGCUCCGGUCGCUCUCCCGGAGAAUUAUUGCGCGCUUCGGGACUUACGCAGAAGUGGGUAAAUCGUGAGAUUUCCAAUUUCGAAUAUCUUAUGUACUUGAAUACAAUCGCUGGCCGCUCUUACAAUGACCUCAGUCAGUACCCAGUAUUUCCUUGGAUAUUGUCCGACUAUACCAGCGAUGUUUUAGACUUAACCGAUCCGAAAUCUUUUCGCGAUCUUUCCAAGCCUGUUGGCGUGAUCAAUCCUAAAAAUGAGGCUGGUGUGCGCAUCAAAUACGAGUCCUUCGAAGACCCCUCGGGUGCGAUACCGAAAUUCCAUUACGGCACACAUUACUCUAAUUCUGGCGGCGUUUUGCAUUAUUUGCUGCGCGUGGAACCAUUUACGUCGCUGCAUAUUGAGUUGCAAAGUGGACGCUUCGAUGUGGCCGAUCGGCAAUUCCACUCAAUACCGCAAACGUGGAAAUUGUUAAUGGACAAUCCGAACGAUGUGAAGGAGCUGAUACCAGAAUUCUUUUAUUUUCCCGAAUUUCUGAAAAAUAAGAAUAAAUUUGAUUUGGGUCACUUGCAAAUAACAAAAGAAAAAGUGGAUGACGUCAUACUGCCAACAUGGGCCAACACACCGGAGGAGUUUAUAGCUAUACACCGACGUGCUUUAGAAUCGGAAUAUGUCAGUCAAAAUCUGCAUCAUUGGAUCGAUUUGAUUUUCGGCUACAAACAGAAAGGCCCCAAAGCUGUCGAGGCGCUCAACGUUUUUUACUAUUGUUCAUAUGAAGGUGCCGUCGAUUUGGAUAAAAUCACCAAUCCUGUUGAACGUGAAGCUGUUGAAGGUAUGAUCAACAACUUCGGUCAAGUGCCAUCACAAUUAUUGCGUGAACCACAUCCGCGUCGUUUGACACAAGAGGAGACGGCACUCAAACUGGUGCGCGCCGAAUUGAAACGACCGGAUCUUACGCAAUUCCUCGAUAAGGUUGUGCAAUAUUAUUGCGAGCUGUCAACGCCAAAAGAUCCAAUUGUCUUCCUGAGCGCACCGCGCAGUCCGCCACGCUCAUUUCUACAACUCAGUCCGGAUGUGCUUGUCAGCAUAUCGAAAUCAUGUAUACUUGGUGCUAACUCAUGGAUGUCCUAUGAUAAGGAUCGAGGAUUUCUGCUGGAAAUCGAUGCAACAACUACCAAUUUGAAAAACCGCAAACGCAUCUUUGGCCCCUUCCAUCCCUCACAACAUCCACACUCACAACUGUUCGCGGUGAGCACAGAUGGCAAGCUAUUGUAUGCCGGCGGCAUCUGGGAUAACUCGCUGCGUGUCUAUAAUUUACAUAAGGGAAAAGCAGUAGCCUCUGUAACGCGGCACUUAGACAUCAUCACCUGCCUGGCGUUGGACAACUGCGGCUCUUACUUAGUCACCGGUUCGCGUGAUUGUACCUGCAUUGUUUGGAGCAUACAGUCUCAGCAGUAUGGCAAUGUGCCGGCCAGCACAAACAUUCCAAUGCACGCGCUUACUGGACAGGCCCAUUUGCAGGCGAUAACACAGCUGAAUACGCAGAAUGCAUUCUCGCCCAAACCAUUGACCACACUCUACGGUCACGAUGAUGCCAUUUCGAGUGUCGCGAUUUAUACUGAAUUGGAUAUGGUCGUUUCGGGUUCACUGGACGGCACUGUAAACGUGUAUACCAUACAGGAUGGCCAAUUUGUGCGCACACUGAAGCCUAUUGGCUGUACUGAGACCUGCGUACAAAUAUCAUUCGUUACUGUUUCAUAUCAUGGUCACAUUGCAUUCAGCGCGCUGGACGAUACCUCGCAUUCGGUGCAUGUCUACAGUAUAAACGGCACUAGUCUCGGUUCCAAGUAUGUAUCCGGACGUGUAACUGGAUUGGAUACGGCUACCGAUUACUUGGUGGUGGCGGACGAUGCCGGUGAUAUCACCAUGAGUCGUUUGCAUGGCUUGAAACCUGUGUUUGACAUUCCACUUCAUAUUCCAAUACAAACAGUUGUGGUGACACCUGGGAACACUCACAUACUUGCACCGCUGCGCGAUGGCCGGUUAGCGGUGAUUGCCGUGCAGGUGCCGGCCGGCAACAACAAAAAGCAUUCCGUACUCAACGUUUAAUAAAAGUCAAACUGCUUAAGAACCGAAACGAAAAUUAACUGUAUGUGGCAAAUAAAUGAAGUGAGCAAACGAAUUUGUAAUGGGUAUGUAGUAGUAGUGUGUGCUUGUAAUUAGAAUAGCUACAGUUUAGGCGUUGGAGCAGCAGCGAAACCGGUAGAAAUUUUAAAAGUAGCAAAACAACAACAAAAAUAAAGCGAAGACGUUCUCACGCAUAUAUAUUAACAUUCAUUAGUAUAUACAUAUAUACGUAUUGUAUGUAGGUGAGUACGGUAAGCGUCCGCGCAAUUCGUUGAUUUAAGCUAAGCAGUGAUUUUGAGUGGUCUUCUCUUGAAAGUCAAAUUUAUACAUACACACAGAGAAAGAAAUAACAAACACUUGUAACAAUUAUAUGCACUUCAGCUGCUAAUUAGAAGGAUAAAAUACGAAAGCUCCACUUCAUUGAUAAUAAAUUGCUGAUUACUGUGCUGUCUACAACAGCAGGAAAUCGACAAAAAUAGAAUUCAAUGCAAAACAAAAAUAAACAAAUAGUGCAAAUAAGUGUAUUAAAACUCACAGUGGCAAAAUGAGUGAUUUAAAACAGACAAAAUAUAAAAUUAACACACACACACAGUUUGGGCGCCUUGACGUAGGCUAGAAUUAUUGCGAGCAUAUAUCAGGCGAGACAUGUGCAUUAAUUGGUAGCAGUACUCGCCAGAAGCGAUAGCAGCAAACUGUUCACGCAACAAUUUUGUGUCGCUGCUUAUUUACUUGUAUGUUUGUAUGUAUUGUUAUGUAAUUGUAUUUAUUACUUAGUGCUUUCGAGUGAAUUAAAUGUCGCUAACGCUUUAUGUAUUUUAAUCUUAUUACUACUAAUUCAUUAUUUUUAUCUGUAUGUAAUCUGGUUGUAAUUAGAGUUCGUGCAUUAGCAUUAAAUGCUGGCCAAUUAAGCAGCUGUCUUAUUUCUCGCUCGCUUUUUAAACUGAAAAAUCUGAAUUCAAUUUUAUUGAAAAAUUCAUAAGUUGAAUAAAAAAUAAUAAAAAAAUUAA